AUGCUGGGUUUCCCUGGUAUUCCAGGAUCAAAUGGUAUACCAGGAGUGCCGGGCGUCCCGGGGCCACACGGACCCCAGGGAAGAGAAGGUGUAAAAGGACAAAUUGGUGAUAAAGGAUCUCGAGGAAUGCCGGGUCCAAGAGGAGACAGAGGGCGCGAAGGACCUCCUGGGAAGAGUGGACCCCGAGGAAUUAAGGGAAUAAAAGGUCAACAAGGACUUCUGGGAAUGAAAGGAGAGCCAGGCAUUGUAGGAAUGAAAGGAGAGCAAGGAGCUGUGGGAAUGAAGGGAGAGCGAGGCAUUGUGGGAAUGAAAGGAGUGCGUGGAGCUGUGGGAAUGAAAGGGGAGCGAGGCAUUGCGGGAAUGAAAGGAGUGCGUGGAGCUGUGGGAAUGAAAGGGGAGCGAGGCAUUGUGGGAAUGAAAGAACAGCGAGGCAUUGCGGGAAUAAAAGGAAGAAAAGGAGACAAAGGAGAGAAAGGAGAAAGCGUCAAAGCAAGUCAAGCAAAUGCAGUACCACAAACCAACUGGAAACAAUGUGUGUGGAAAUCACUCAGCGGUACUGAUAACGGAAAGAUUAAGGUAAAUAGAAUAAGAAUCGUAACACACUCCUAAGAAAAAUUGUUCUUUUUUGAAUUAAAAUGUUUCAAAGAAGAACGUCUCCCCUCUCACUCACCGUUUGCCAACAUAUUACAUAAAUAACUAUUUAGUUACAUUUCCCUCAAUUUUGGUUCUUUUUGAACGAAAAAAAGAAAAACCAUCGUGCUUGAUAAAAUGAUUCCUGGGCAUAUGGAUAAAGACAAGAAAAAUUUAAGCUAUUACUGAGGUUUUAAACAUUAGGAAGUAAUCUUGACUGGAGUUGUUAGUAUCAAUCAUCACACACGGUUGCUCGCCUUAGCACAACAAGUUUGAUUUGUUUGCUUUUAUUCCAGGACUGUGCGUUUAACAAACUGCAGUCUAAUUCAGCGCUCAGAGUCUCAUUCCAGGGAAACAUGAGGGUCAAUGGUAAUGUUAAGUGUAAUCGCUGGUAUUUCAAGUUCAAUGGAAAUGAAUGCAGUGGCCCAAUGACGAUUGAUGCUAUUGUUUACCUCGACUGGUCAUCUGGGAACCCUGAUCUGUGGCAUCAUCGGUCAUUUGAGGGGUACUGUGAAAACAUUCCACAAGGGGCGGUUAGAGUGGAAUUAUGGGUAGGACGGUGUAGUGGUCAAACCCUGGGUGAUGCUCACACUGGGUGGAAUUCAGUAUCUCGGAUAAUGAUUGAAGAAGUAUCUAGGCCCCAGUCCUAA